AUGGCGUAUUGGCUGGCAUACCGAGUGUUAAAUUCUGCAAAUUUAAACCAGGAAGAAAUAAAAUUAUGCCGAGCAACAAUCACUGAGUUGAAAUAUGAUGCGAUGGUGAGUCAACUGGUUAGAAUUUAUGGUGAUUCAGCAUCAUCAAGCUUUAUUAAAUCUGAGGACAGGGUGAAAGAGGAAACAGUAUUUUAUGGUGGUGUUUCCAGACAGGUGCGAGAGGAAAAUGGCAGGUCAUUGCGAGACAGACCUUACCAGACAAGGGGAUAUAAUCCAAGGGGAAGAUUACCAUACAGAGCAUCAAGAGGAAAUCGGGAUGACAAUGGUAUACAACGCAAAGAUUACGGUGAACCUUCAAGCAGGCAAAGAAAAUUAAACCCUGUUGAUCAUUAUGGAAAUAUUUUGAGAUGCAACAUUUGUGAAAGCAAAUUCCACUGGGCACGGAAUUGCCCUGAUGCGUAUGAAAAUCAAGGUUUAGAUCCUGACAAGAAAACUGAAACUCUAAACUUAUUUCAAUCGCCUAAUCAUGAUGUACAUGAGAUGAAGGUAUUUGUAGGAGAAACGCUUAGUUGUGCAGUUCUUGAUUCUGGGUGCACACAAACAGUGUGUGGUAGAAAGUGGCUGGAUUGUUACACGGACAGUCUGAUUGAUGAAGAUAUUAUCAAGGAAAAACCAUCCACAGCUGCAUUUAAGUUUGGAAAUGGAGAACCAGUUAUGUCUGAAAAGAAAGUAAUAAUACCAGCAGUCAUUGGAUCUAAGAAAGUUAAUUUAGAAACUGAUGUGAUUGAUGCAGAUAUACCCCUGUUAAUGUCUAAGGCAGCUAUGAAAAAGGCUGAAACAGUGCUUAAUUUUAAUGAAGAUAGUGUGACAAUGUUUGGGGAACAACAGCAACUACUGAAAACAUCAUCCGGACAUUAUGCUAUUCCAUUAACAAAAUCAAGAAAAGUUGUUGAUUCUGAAAAUCAUUCCAAUGCUAACAAAGAAUGUUGCUUUGUAGCUAUAAAUCCAACGACCAGAAAGGAAAAAGAAAGCAUGGUGGACAAAUUGCACAGACAAUUUUGUCAUUGUAGUUCAAGCAAGCUUAAACAGCUAAUAAAAUCAUCCCAAUUAUGGAAAAAUGAUCGAGAAGUUCUAAAUAUAGUGGAUGAAAUUUCAAGUAAAUGUGAUGUUUGCAAGCUGUACAAGAAAACUCCACUCAGACCAGUUGUGGGAUUGCCUCUAGCUUCAGAGUUUAACCAUACAGUCGCUAUGGAUUUAAUUACAAUUCAACAAGGAGUGUGGAUUCUUCAUUUAGUAGACGUAUUCUCGAGAUAUUCGGUUGCAUGUGUUAGAAG